AUGCGCGAGUUCAUGGAUUACAUUUUGAGGGCCUUCUCCAGGGCCAGCGGAGCCACUCAGGACAAUAGCUACUCGGAUCUGAACGAGACCGCCAACAAACUUCUCAACUUCCCCACUCCACGCGGCCUGCGCCUCACGCUGUCCUCCCUCGCGACGCCCAACUUUGCGACCUCGUACCACCUCGGCACCGUUGGUGUCGUCGACGGCUCCAUAUCCUACCUCUACUCGACCGUCCCUCUCUCCAACACCGUCGUCGUCCAGUCCGACCGCAUCCCCCUACCCGAGCUACUCCGAUCCUACCGCCAGCUGAGCGAGAUUGCUAGCUCGUCCUCUGUCCCGGCCUCCAACAGCCCCUUUCUCGACUUCUUCAGGCCCGCAGCAGCCGCCAUUCCAGAACCUACCGGCGACGCGGUCACGCCAGCACGAGAUCUCAAUGGCGCCGCACACCGGCACCGCUCUGCGUCGCAUGGACAUAAACAUACCCUCAUGUAUGGCCGGCUAUAUCUGCCAAAGUCUAUGCUUGAAGCGUUGAUCGCGAGGCGCCUGACCCCCAAUCUCGGCGUCCAGCUUGUCGCCGUCAGCCAGGAGAAGAUCCGACAUGGCGGCACCCUGCUUGGAUUGCUACAGUACAGCGAGCCUAGAUUUGGCCUUGAAGGUCUUGCCUCUACAGACGGCGGGCUACUCGGCCUUCGGGGCGUGUACAACUUCGGCGGUGAUGUGUCGCCAUUGCCUUUCUCCGGCUCGGCUCCCGCUCUCUCCGGAGCUUCAGCUACUGCUGGCGCUGGCGAAGCUCUGGCAGUCGGCGAAGGAGAGAGAGACAGGGAACGGAUCUACGGGCGCUUCAGCGCGGGGGGUGAGGUGUACUACGGCACGCUGAACAAAUCCGGAGGAAUGUCAGUUGGCGCCAGGUUCCAGACCCUGCCCACGCAUAAAGGCACACCACUGACGGCGACCUUGACCAUCAACCCCCUGAUGGGUAAUAUCAGCACCAGCUACGCCGUCGUGGCGCGAAGCUACUGCACGCUGGCCACGCGCAUGGAGUUCAAUGUGUACAGCUACGAAAGCGACUGGGCAGUAGGCAUGGAGCUAUGGAGUAAAAGGCGCUCUCUGAUUUCGGGUGAGAAUGAUGAGGGCGAAAAAGAAGUAAAAGAUCAAGUAUCACCAGUUGAGCCAGCAAAGAAGUCCAAGCUGCGGGAACGCAGCUUUCAGGCGAAGCUGGAGUGGCGGCUCGAUGAUCCAGAGUCAGAUGACGGAGUUACUACUCAACCAGCACCCGGCGACACUCUCGGUAAUGGCAACGAGGAAGAAUACCUAGGUGUCCUCAAGGCGCGCCUGGACCAGCACCUGAGGAUAGGACUUCUAUGGGAAGGACGGGUCAAGUCGCUACUGUUCAGUUUAGGUACAGGCAUCGACCUGCGGCGCCUCGACCAACCCUUUCGCACUCUGGGACUGGAGGUACAGUUCUCCUCGUGA